AUGACUGACAGACUUGGCUUUGAUGAUGAAUCGAAGCAAGAUACACCAGUGCCUCAAGGAUGGCCAAGCAGCCCAAGAACAUUGAAAGAAUCUUCUCUCCCGACGUGGCAAAGGUUCCUUCUCUCAAGUAGUCUGGUCCUCAUACCAGCACCAUUUAUCGUUCUUGCAGUAUACAUGAUCUCUCUCAACCAACAACCCGAAUCUCAACUUGGCAGUCGUGUUCUCGAAGCUGCCAGCAUCGCAGCUACAUUAUGGCCUAUCGCAUUUGCCGCUGUGCUAGGCACGGCCCUGAGAAGCGUGGCUCUGUAUACCUGUGAGAGGGGGACUACACUUGGUACUCUUGAAAUCCUGAUGGGCAGUUUGACCAUGACAAGCACACUCAAACUACUAGUCUGGGUUCGCCUCAUCAGCUUCUGGUCCCCCCUUCUCAUCUUAUCCUGGGCGUUAAGUCCCCUUGGAGGUCAGAGCGUUCUUCGUGCCGUCACCAUAAACACUGAGAUCAUACAACAUGACUUCCCCAUCGUAUCAUACCCUUCAACAAAUUGGACAGCAGGCUUUGAUUGGCUACCAGUUCUAUAUGCUCCACCAUUCGGGUUGCGAACAAUUUUCGGUGCCGCAUUCUCAUCUUCAUCGACUCGACUUAUGCAUGCGAAUGGGUCUAGUCCGAAUUUUGGAGAUACUUUGAGACAGGUUGGUGGUCCUGAUGAGGCGAGGAGGAUAACGCAGCAGGACACGUGGGGGAAUGCGAGGAUUCCGUUUCUUCAUAUGCUCGACGGAUAUGAUUUGGAUAACCCUCAUGCCUGGAUGGAUGUUCCCAACGAUGCGGUUCCUCCGUAUGAAUCUCUUAUCGGGGUUCCUAUACGCGGUAUACCGUCUACUGCAGAGGGGAAUGCUACCAUGAUGAUUCAGUCGUCUUACAUAUCGUUGUCGUGUGACCCAUUGAUUAAUGGCACGUCCUGGCUCGAAGACAACGUCUCACGUUUAGUUCUUGCUGGGCCCGAAGCAGAAAUGGGAAACAUCAACGUCGGUUUCAACAACUGGUCAUUCUUUUCAGCACCCCGUCAUAACGAAUUUUCCUUCAGGGACGAAUUUCCCGUUCCACCCAUUCAAUUUGAUUUACUUGAGGACCAGUAUCUCGACAGCAACGGAAGCACCUUUAACCUCACUGUGGGUCAAGAUCGACCAUUGAAGCAGAGUCUUCUUUUCAUUACUGAUGGCUCGCCAAUCACCAACCAGAGUCACUCAUGGAACAUGACUCUCUGUACUCCCACUACAUCCUAUGUCGACGCAAUGGUCAGCUGUUCUCGUCCUUCCGACAACGGUUUUCUUUCAUGUUCUACCGACAGAGUCCGGCAUACCAAAGGGCAACCAAUCAAAGCGAAUACGACAGUAUUUUCCUUCAAGCAAAACUUGUCUCUGUUGUCCUUAAUACCGUGGCUUCUUCCGGACCCGGAAGGAUCUCAGAAUAAUUUGGUAAAUCUUUUCAUUCGAGAUCCAACCAGAGCUCGACCAAUUGGAGAGUUUUACAAAUUCGAGGCAUACGCUUUUCCUCCCUCACUGCACAACCUAUCAACGGCCGUACUUGAAGCUCGGUUGGCAAUGGUUCUGAACACAGCGAUUAGAGCCUCCUUCGAACAGUCCAUCAUUGUCGGCGCCGAUGAAAUAUCGCCGUCGUCCGAAUCCUUCAUCGACUCUACUACUCUGAAUAAAUCUGUCACUCCUCUUUCUGACUGGGGAAACAGUACUGGAACCUGGAAAGAGUUUACAGAUCAGAAAUACCAGGUGAACUGGGUUUGGAUGAGCAUAUAUAGUGUUUCCAGCCUUGCUAUGGUUGUUUUUACAAUCGGGCAUGUUGUGCUGCAGUGCAAGAUUAGAAGCCCAGAUAUUCUUAACAGUGUCUCGAGUUUGACUAGAGACUCUCGAUAUGUGGUUGUUCCAGACGGAGGAAGUACGUUGGACGGUAUCGACAGGAUAAGGUUGUUGAAGAACGAGCGUUUCUUGAAGUUGACAGAAGAUAUGAGUAACCGUGGUGGUUGA